UCCAGGCCGACCAGGAGAUUACCAUAGGGUAUUUGGAUUUCGUCAAGAAGAGGUAAAUAUUCUGGAAACAUUGCUGUGUUAAUAUGUGUUCUUGUUAUUUUCCCAAACACCGAAAUUAUCCAAUGUUUUUACAACAUUUUUUUAUUUUCGAUUUCGGAAAUUGUGCGUUAACUUCUCAACGAAGUUCGCAAGUUCAUUUCAGUGUUUGAAUUUCUAGUGUAACGAAUGUUCAUAGUUCAAGUUGAUAUGAACAAUUCAAUGGAAAGCCCUUGGUCCAGUUCUCUCACAAGAAGGUUUAUAUUUCGUGAAGUUGGUUAUUAUUAUUGAGCUAUAUGAACAUUUGUUUACGAACGAAGUUGAAACAUUGAAAUGGACGUUGCGAAGGUCACGCCCAAUUUUCGAACUCGCAUUGAAAAGAGACUUGAAAUCGACAAUAAUUCCUGUUUUCUCCAGUGUAAUGCUGCUGGAUGUUUGAUCGAACUGACAAUUCAACUUGCUAUUAUCAUGGUGGGAAAACAGAUUUUCAACGCCGCUAUGGAGUUACUGUAUCCGUACGUAUAUAUCAUCUAUUUUCACGAGGUUGUUUGAAAGAUAUCUGGAAAGUAUAGACAGAACUUCGAAUGCCUUUCGUUUUAAUGUUAGUAGGUCUUGUCUCUCUAUUAGUCUCAGUUUAUGCAAAAAUUUGGUCCUUCGUUGUCACGUGUGCGGUCUGCUUGAAGAGUCACGUAAGUACACACGCAAAAAAUCUCACAUCUUCUAGCAAGUCUGCCAACAAGCCGUCAAUAAGUUGUGUUCGCACUGCUUGUCCCAAGUUGUCAACAAGUAUGCAGGAACAACUUGUUAACAGUUGUUACAACCUUGUUGAUAUAUCCGACUUGUUGCAAGGUUGUUCCAACAAGUCCGAUAGAGUAAUGAUAUAAUAAUAUUGCUACAACCUUGUGUCGUCAACCUUGUAACGUUCUUGUUAUAUCAUGACUGUAUUAGACUUAUUAGAACAACUUUGUAACAAGUCUGAUAAUGCCAUCAAACUUGGUACAAGUUGUUAACACCUCGUUCCAAACUUGGUACAACAAAUGAGGGCAAGCAGUGCGAACAAAACUUAUCUACAGCUUGUUUGCAGACCUGUAACAACUUGUGGUUUUUACGUGUGUAGUUAGUUUUCUUCUGUGCUUAGAGAAUUUUUCUCUGCCCCUCCGGUGUUAAGCCCUUACCAAAAACUAAGCCUUAGUACUCGUCAAACUCGUGUAACUGUACUCCGUGAUCGGACAUGGGUGGUGCCAGCCGAGGGCGCCCUUUUAAGGCUCGGUCAUUUUUGGGCUGCGUCUUCCGCAAUUCAAUUCUUAACUGCAACAACAAAAUGUUGAAAAUGCAAUAUGAAUAUGACAAAGGAUGACCCGGUAUUUGCUUAAACCUGACAAAAACAUAGUUGUCGCCAUGUAUUCUGUUGACUGUGGUUCCGUGGCAGUGAUUUCUAAAUUCAUAUUUUUUAGGAAACUCAUGAAUUGGUGGAACCGUCGUGGAAACAUUCUGAAGAAAUUUCGCGGCGAGCAAGUGGAAGACCACUCUGGUCCAAUCUCUAAUCUUCAAUGGGAAGCAGAUUAUUAUUUAACUCCGAUACCACGAAAUGCCUUGUUCUAUGAAUACCUUGAAAUGGGUAGGGACUCGUGCACGUCGAGUAAUAUACUGUCUUACUUUGUUCCCAUGGGUGGCGGACGCGAUCAGCGCGCUGUCUUUUACCGCAACCUCGUUCCCAGGACUUCUCGACUGACUACAUGGCCGUAAGCUCUUGGGCAACCCUAACCGAACACUACAAUUCUGAUGUUUGCUGGCAGUAAAUUGCCAUUAAAGCGAGAGUUUGUAUGAUACAAUGCGAACGCUCAUGUUGUGAACGUCUUUAUGAGAACAUUCGUAUUCUUCAACAAUUUAAAUUAACUGAGUGAUAUUUGGUGAGAAAAUUGAACUUAAAGUUUAUAUAAAUCAGCAUGAUUUCUGUAUCAGAUACACAAACUCCUUCACACUCAUGAUUUCGUUUGUGUUUUCUUCACGAAUAAUAAGUGAGUUUCACAAUGGCUUUUAUAAUAGUCGAGUAACUCAUUUACAUAAGAUGCGUUGACAGCCAUUUUGUUUCUUUGUUGUUUUACCCAAGAAUACCUGAAGACAAUACCACAUACACACGCACAAAUCUAGCAUCUUGUUUGCCAACAAGCCGCACCAAAGUUGUCAACAAUGUUGUUAACAACCUUGUUGGUAUUAUCAGACUUGUUGCAAGGUUGUUCCAACAAGUCCAAUACAGUCUUGAUAUAACAAUAUUGUUUCAACCUUGUGUCGUCAACCUUGUAACAUUCUUGUUAUAUCAUGACUGUAUCAGACUUGUCAGAACAAUAACCUUGUGACAAGUCUGAUAAUGUCAUCAAGCUUGUUACAAGUUGUUAACAGCUUGUUCCAAACUUGUUACAACAACUGGGAACAAGCAGUGCGAACACAACUUGUCGACAGCUUGUGAACAGAUUUGUAACAACUUGUUUGCAGACCUGUAACAAUUCUACGUGUGUUUUGUCGUUUUUAAGUUUAUAUUCUCUGUUUGUAGUAAUUCAGUUCGGUUUCAUCACGAUAUUCGUGGCGGCGUUUCCUCUUGGGCCAUUGUUUGCUCUGCUGAAUAACUUGGUUGAAAUACGUCUCGAUGCUUACAAGUUUAUUACGACCUAUAGACGACCUCGAGCGGCAAGAGCCGAAGAUAUUGGUAAGCUGUAGAGCUCUAUAUACUCACGUGAAAACGCACAAGUUGCAACAAACCUGCAGCAGACUUAUAGCAAUGCUGUUACAACAACUUGUCAACAGGAUGUGUUCGCACUGCUUGUUCCCAGCUUGUUGACAAGUUGCCAACGGCUUGUUGACAACCUGCUACAAGGUUGUUGAGCUCAACAGACUUGUUACAAGUUGUUUCAACAACUUGUUAUCGUUGCCCGGAUUUUCAUCACUAUAUUGCAUUUAUUUCUGUUCAGGUAUCUGGUAUUCAAUUUUGAAAGGCGUGGCUGUAUUUUCUGUUCUUGUGAACGUAAGUUUCAAAAUGAGUCUUGCCAAAUAGAAAUAUUAUUUACACUACGCUUUAUAAAGGUACUAUCUAGCCUAAUCCCAGGGCUUCCCUGGAUCGGUUUUGAACCGCGGGAGCAGGGUGUUAGCCAGAAAAAAAGUCUUGUCGGUUAAACGUAAAUUGGGAAAGUUUUUUUGAUCGAUCAAAGUCCUUGUGUAGGAAUAAAUAGUGUUUUUUUCCAACGUGUUUCUCCUUAGAUGCAAACAACGGUAGCUUGGUUUUGUACAUUUCAUUUCCGGUGAAUGAACACUGAAAAACACGGAUGCACACCGAUUACACUUUGUUUUGUACAUUUCAUUUCAGUGAAUACACACCCAAUAUGAAUGAAACGCGAUACAUUUUGAGAAAAUAGUUAAUGGGAAAAAGUAAAUAAAACGUUCUUUGAUAUAAUAGUAUAAAAUCAAACGCAAUGCACUUUCUCAUCAGAAAAAAAAUGAAAAUCUUCCAGUAGACCCAGUUGGGAAAGCCCCUUAGCUACUUCAAUUGGGAAGAGUCCGUCAAACGGACAGUAUAUGGGCUAGCUAACACCCUGGAGAGAAGACCUGGCGAGAUGGACCUUGGUCUUACGCCUGUAUUCUAAAACCCACAUCUAAAGAGUGGAGGUUCAAUCUGAACUUCCCUUUAGUGUCAAUGCUGUUUUUGAAUAGCUGGAGUGUUAGUGUCGUACCUUACUAUGAGAUUACUCACCCUCCAACUAUUCAAAAAUAGCAUUGAACUGGGGCGCCCCCCCCCCCCCUAGCCCUGGCCAUAGGGUUGCAUGGGGGGAGGGUGCUAUUUUGCUAUUUUUCAUGAUAAAGCAAAAAAAAAUAUUGAGAUAAAAUGAGAUACAAUAAUUUGAGUGAUACCAUGAUGACAAGCGAACGGUGAAUUUCCACUCGAUAAUCCAUCUACAUACCCUUCAGUUCUGAGCUCCAUUUUCCUAAAUAUACCAAGAUAAACAUCAAGUCGGAGAACAGAACAUGAAAUUAAACCGAGUUUUUCGUUUUCCUUCGCAAUUCUCUUCAGGGUUUUGUCAUUGCUUUUGUUUCCGAAUUCAUUCCUCGGCUGUACUUUAAAUGGAGCAAAGGAAAGGACGGCAGUUUAGAAGGAUACCUUGAUACGAGUUUGUCUUGUUAUGACACGCGGAAUUAUCCUGACAAUGAAAAACCCAACAUUAAUUUGUCAACCAAUCAGUAUGGCUUCGAAAGUAACGGAUGUGGUUUGGGACUCCCGAGCUGUCGGUAAGUAUUUUCGGAAAAUGUCGUAAUCGACGUUUGAGGAAUGGAAUGUUUUUGUGUAAUUCAUAUAAAACCAACACCGCGGAAAAACGUCUGCGCAUGCGUCAACCUUACCUGUAAUGGUAUUGCGAACUUGAUGAGAAGCUGUUCCGAACGUUUCCGAAGGCUCAAAAUGGCGGUAAAAAGGAGUGACUUCAUUGUGCGUCUUUACGGCCAGAUUUCGAGCGCAAAAAUAAACAUGUCAUUCUAAAAACUAGGAAUAAAUACAGCCAGAAGGUGCAAGAAAUUGUAUUGUACAAGAACAUGAACUAAAGGUGAUUGUUGACAAAUUUAUCGUCUGAAACAUUUUGUUUAUCAACUAAGCAACGACAAUUUCCAAAUUUUCGUUUGAGAUACAUUUCUUUAAAAAAACUGUGUCGCCAAAUAUAAAAAAUUUUCGUGUUCACAAUAAUUAAACUUUAGGAUGUAUUCUACAAUUUGAGUGUGUUAAGAAGCUUAACUUUUCGAGAGUUUUCUUAACUUUUGAGUUUGAAUUUUUGUUUUGAAUAAUUUUGCAAAAAUUUUGCAAAAAUUUUCGAAGUCGUGUCCGUUAAAAUCAACAAUUUUUUAUAUGAAUUAAUUUCAUUCCAUACUUUAAAUGCCAGGACGCUUUCAAUUAAUGUCUAGUCUACCCAUUUGCUAUAUUUUCUCGUUUGUUUUACUAAUUUUUAACAAAUUAAUAAGCAUGUUUUUGUUUUAGAAAUUGAUGUUCAAAUUCCCCGCCAUAUUUUCAUAAUUCGGUGCAUGCGCAGACAUUUUUCCGCGGUGUUUAUAAAACCUGCAAUAGUCACACUGGCUGGCAACCACUGAGCAAUCUUCUGGAUUCAUUGAGCCAGAUUAAUUAUAACGAGACGAGUUUUAAAUCGGUCAAAUUCUUUAAAAACCUUAUAGGGAUUUAAAUUAUUUUUCCUAUCAAGCAAACGUAUUUUCCUAUGUAACUUAAGAUCUGUUCAAAAGACCGGAUAAAACAGGCUCAUUAUCACACCAAUACAAUGCACUAAUAAUAAAUUUGACCGCCAUGUUUUGCAUAGAUGGACUAGCGCAGACCAUAGAAUCGUAGCCUACGGUGUAGACCCCACGAAACGUGUUUCUGCUGGGGUCUACACCGUAGGCUAACAGAAUAGAGACUUACAGAAGUCCGACUCCGUGGCGGCAUCUUUGAUGUUAGCUUAACUGAGAAGUCGUUGCCUCCUGGAAACAUUCAAAAUGGCUGGCUUGACUUAGACAUUCAGGGGGGCGAGUGCCUCUCACAAGCGCACUGCCUAGGAACAUGUUACAUGGCAAGUGCAUUGCGACAACACGGUUUUAUGCCAAGUCGCGCAUCUGUAAGGUAUACACUCUGUGACAAGACAGCCCCGUACAAAAAGUGACAAAAUUGUCAUUGUCAAACUAUUUCACUUGCUAUCUUUCAGAUAUCGUGGCUACAGAGAUAAACCAAUGUCGAUUCUAGAGAACCCGUACGGCAAUUUAACCAAUAACUACGAUUUCACGAAGGAUUAUUGGCAUAUAUUGUCUGCUCAGUUGUUCUUUGUCAUUGCAUUUUUGGUAAGUGAUUUUCACAUUGUUUGUAAUAUUGCGUUCACACUAUGUCUAGUAAAUCUAGUUCCAAUUCAGGCUGCGAUAGAAUCGCGUACUUACGUACCGAAUUAUUAUUUUAUUGCCCCCGCAGAGUUUUGGCCUGGAAACUUGACUUGGAAAACGAUACAUGGAGGGAUAGCUAGGAAUAUGUUAUAGUUAUUAUAGUAUUUAGAUUGUGUAAUUUAUAUUGUGACAAAGUUUAUAAAAUUAGACAAAAUUAUAUAUGUUCGUAUCAGGUUUUCUGAGUCUAAGGCCGCAAAGGUCUAUUGGUAAUCAUCACAAUGAAUGGUACAAUGGUAUAAAUGAAAAGGAAAUGCGGAAUUUUCACAGAAUUUCAAAGGAAUGUAGCAGUAUGCAAUAUGCAAACACUGAUAACGGGCGAACAGCGAACAUAUAAGAUGCAGCCACCUUUCUGGUGUUUGUCAGUUCACUCAGUUGGUUUAAAAACUACGAAGGUCAGAUUGCAGAGGUUCAUCAUCAAACCGGGCAGAUGUAAUGUUAACUAUUACUAUAUUUUAAAUAUAUGUAUGCAUGGUAACCUUUUCAGUUUCCUUGACUUGACUCAAAAGUGUCCACUGUAUUUAGAUUGUGGUAUUUGGCCUGACUUUUAUCCUUGCCUACAUCAUCCCUGAUCGACCAAAGAAACUGGACAAUCAAAUAAAGAGAGAGGCUUUCCUGGCUAAGAAUAUACUACGCUCAGACCAAGGAACUAUGGGUAACUGA